AUGGAUCUAUUAAAUUACAGAAGGGAGAUAAAGGAUUAUAUAGAGAUUUCUUUAAAAAAAAGUUUUCUCGGCAACGUAAAGUUAGUUAAAUGCACGUCGUCUGAAGUAUUUGUCACCGAUUACAUAGCUUACAAUAGUGAAAUCGUAAACAAUGUUGAGAGCAACUUUGUUGAAUCCGUAAAGAGGAUCAACGACAAAUAUCACAUAACAUUGAAAAAGGGUGAAGUUUUCAGAGUUUUAUUUUCAGCGCCUCCAGUUGAAGAGUAUGAUGAGUUAGAGGUGCAACAAAAGAGAAACUGCUCCGUCAUUGUCAACUCCUCCCUCCACGUCAGUCAGCAUUUUGAUUUGAAGGCACUAAGACACCUUGUCGUCAAAAAUUUCAUUGUAAAAUUAUUAGAAUAUAAUGGCUUCGAUGUCUUCACAACUGGAAGUUUCCCAAAUAAUGAUCAUUUGAGGAACUUGAAAAAUUCCUUUUCCGGUUGUGACUCCAAUGAUUCGAAGAUAGAUGUUUCCAAUUCUGAAAGAAUUUGUGACUAUGCAGGCGAUAUUAUGGAUGUUCUGAAAAGAAACCAGUUUUCAGAACUUUUGGAUGAUGGAUGCCUAAAAAUAAAUUUGAAGGAUUAUAUUGACAGUUCAAAUAUGUCACAUCGAUAUUCUUCCAAUGUUUGUAGUCACUCAUUUGAUUCAGUUCCUCCUCUACCCUCCAUAAGUUUGCAUCAAGUUCAGUUGCUGUCUGACAAAGUGAAAGGUGUCCAGAAGUCCCACGAUGAAACAAAUGAAAAAGACUGCCCCUCUCGCAUGACAUUGCAGUGCAUUCACAUAGUCGACACCGAUCAUUACCUUCAACAGCAGAUGGAUGACGUCUUGUGGACAAUGGUGGAUGAAACAUGCAAACACAUUCAUCAGGUUCGAUACUGCUUUGUCUGGUUUCUCAUUGGUGCAAGCAUUUAUUUAAUUUCAGUAUACUGUUCUUCAUUUGUGGAAACAUUUAAUGUCUGGAAAUUUUUAUCAUACCCAAGGUUCAUCUCCUGUAUGGCAAUGUACGCAAUAGAAUGGGAACUUCAAUUGAGGAGAGGUGAGAGUUGUCCGAUUGAAAUCCUAACGACUAAAAGACUAACAAUCUUCAAUAAUAAAUAA